AUUUAGUACGGAAAUGCCCCGUGAUCAUGGGGGAUCACUCGGAAAAUAAAAUAUCAACUUAUGUUUUUGUUUACUUCCGUCAACCACUGAGUGUGUACUGUUCUCAUUGAGUUACACAUUUCCCUCAUUCACGCUAACAAAAAUCAUCGUCUUCUGCAUCAGCCGGCAGUGCUACAAUAGUGGAGCUUUCCUGUUGAGUUCUGAUGUGGUCAAGUGAAAACAAUUAACAAAAUAAAUUUGAAGGAUGAGAUAAAAGGUCUUAGUUUUGCUGUCUGUAAUCUUGUAACCCCGACCCCAGGCCCCAGGCCAACACACAAAAACAAGCCAUGGUGAUCAUGGUGGAGCAGGUCAUGAAACUGCUGAACGUUGAGUGGCUUUACACCAUCGUGCCUCCUGAGGCAUACUACAAUGUGUCUCUCGUGGUCAACAUUUUGUCAUGCAACAAGUCGUCCUCUUUGGCAGACCAUGCUGACGAUACAGAUGAAUCAUUAACGGUAGACAAACCUCAAGAUCAUGAUGAAAAUAUCGGCUCUGGAUUCUUUCAAAAUCUUCACAGAUAUUUUGCUUUUACCUCUGAUUCUUCCCAACACGCAUCUUUCGAGGCUGAAAUGGAAAACAUUGACCCAGAACCUGCAGAUUUUUGUGACAAUUUGAUAUCUAUAGAUGGUUCCUAUCAGAUUUUGCUCUUUCAUAUCUUGACUUCAGUGCUGGUGUUUUUGCUGAUUUUUUGCUGUUUUACCUUUUUAUGUAUAAAGGUGAUUUCAAAAAGAAAAGAUGUUGAGUUGUCUUUAAAAACUGAUGAUGGCGACUUGGACCUUGAGGAAGUCAAUGAAGCACCACUGCAAAUGGAGACAGAAGGGCCGGAAGAAUCUGAUAUUGCCACAAAUGACAAGGACGAACAAGAAAAAAAAGAUACUUCUCCGUUAACAGUACCAGUUAUGGGUGACAAAAACCGAAAGAAUGCAAAAGCCUUGAAAUCAACUCCUGUUGUGGGGGAAUUGUUUGAGGCAACCAUUGGGAAGUUUUUGAAAGAGCUUGACAGAGGACUUGAAAUGGAUGACUGUGGAAGUCCAGGUGGACCAAGUAUGAGCCUGCCCUCUUCAGCAUCUUCAUCAACAGUAAACUCUCUGACUUCUCCUCGACUUCCCAGACGGGGCUUGCACAGAAGCCGUCAUAGUAAUCAAACCUUCACUUAUGGUGAUGCUGAGCAACGACAGGCUAAGGAAUUUACUAUGAAGUAUUGGAUAAUGUAUGAAAAGUUUGCCCAUCGAAUGAAUUGGACUUUUCCUGAGAGCAGUCUUGAUGAUGUGAACAUAAGGGCUGCAUCUGGUGAUGAUGAUAAACUCCUCAACAUUUUGCAGUUUUUGUAUCAAAAUUCCCCCACAAGUCCCAAACAAUUCAAUGUGGCCUCAUUGAUUGUAAAUUACAGUUUGUUUAUCCUGGAGCAGGAGAUGAUGUCAAUGUCUGAGGAAUCGUCUGACCUUGUGAAGUUUGUUCGAUUUGAAAGUCUUGGGAGUGCUGCUGAUGGAACUCAUGUUGGUAUGAUUGAUGGUUAUGAUGUGAUGACUGUGCUGAAUAUUUCACACUGCUCUGAACUGAGUAUCUUACAUAACAAUCUGUGUAGUGACAUUCCAUCUGGUCAUGUUGUUAUUGGGGCAAAACCUGUCAAUGGAUCUCAAGUUCUUCAAGAUAACAAGUGCUUUAGAAAAGCCUUUGUCAGUGGCUUUUAUGGAUUUUACCUACCACCUCAACAAGUGGAAGAUAUGGUUGAAGCUAUGCUUAAGAAGGCUGUUGUGAAACUUAACAGGGAGCACAAAAGUAAAACAGAUCGACUGCCGUUCAAAGUGCAGGUAUCUCAAAAUAAAAAGUUAACCCUUUGCUUUGACACUCGACUCUUGCAGGGUUUGGGCCUUGGUGUUACAGAGCUCAAUGUCAAGUGCACACCAAGCAUUUGUCUCUCAGAUCCUUCUUUCUGCUUGUUACCUCCUAUCUAUGCUGUUCCAUCUUGGAGAGCUGACCACAAGAAAACCAACGGGUCCACUUCCUCGAUUAGCGGAACUUUGGGGAGAAUUUUUCACAAUCAAAGUCCAGACGUCAGUACAGAUCUUUUGUGGAGUCUGAAUGUCACCCCUGUAGAGUCCUCCAUCUUGCAACACAUUGAAAAUAAAUUUUCUAUCAGUGGUGUUGAAAGUCAGCAUAAACUAUGUAUCAGAGUUCUAAAGGCUUUGUUUUCUGAAGGAAGCAAAACUAUGCUGUUGAAUAAAGGUGAAAUCAGCCCAUACAUCAUCAAGUCUGUCAUUUGCUUCCUUCUGCUGGAAAGCCCAGCCUGGGCAUGGAGUUUAGAAAAUCUACCGGAUAGAGUUUCCGAUUCUGUCCACUUUCUGAAGUCUUCCUUUGAAAAUGUGUGGCUGCCAAACUUCAUUGUACACAAUCCACAUUUACUGGGUCAGGUACCUAGUUUGGCAGUCAUGUCUGCAUUACUGUCUGGCAGGCAACAAAACCUUUUGGCUGACGUUAGUCAGGAUGCUGCACUGAAAGUGUUAGAUUACAUCGAUGCAAGACUUCAGAAAAGUGGCCUAUUGCACUGCAUAAAAGCAGAGUUCUCCCCACAGAUGUGGGAAUAUGAGUUUUUCAUGUUUGGCUGAGUUACUUUCUGCACUUUCAUUUUAAUGCUAAAGUCUGCAUGAUUAAUGAGCCUCAAAGGCUUGAUGCUUUUACAUAUUUGUCUCUUUUUACAUCUGUUUUUCUUUCUAUUAUAUUUAACCUAUUUUAUACAUACUUGAAUUUAAGUCUGAAGUGGAAAAGGAACCUACCCCUAACAGUCUGAUUUUGUGGAUACCUUUGGAAUGGAUUGCAAUAUAUAAUGGGUGCUGAUUGUAAAAUUCACUGUAUUUAAAUUAAUGUCUGUUAUUUUGUUACUUUAUUGUGAGGCUGUGUUUAAGCACAUUAUUACAGAAUGUAACAUUCCUUGUUAUUAGUACAUGUAUAUAUUUGUGUUUGGUGUUGCCUUUCAAGUUAUUUAUCCAUUGUUGUUUUAUUUUGUUGACACAUCUGCCCUCUUUUUAUUAGUGAAAGGUAUCUGCACAAUAUAAUAGAAAGAAGUCUUCGCUCUUAAUAUGUUUGGGUUUGUUGAUUUUUUUUUCAAUUUUUACAAUACAUGUUGUUUUAUUUUUUACAUUUUAUAGCUAGUAGUAAUCAUACUUGUCUAGUGAUCAAGGGUUAAGUUCUGACAAAUCUCUAGCUACCCAUUGUGAAAAGUACUGCUGAAAACUGAGGAAAUAUGGUCCUUUAAUCAAUUACAUGUAAUUGUUUUGAAAAUUGACUUUCCUACCAUUUAUUACUUUUUUUAUUCUAUUUUUUUUUUCAAUUUGUAA